CCUCGCCGGAGGAGCCAUCACCUUCACCAAAUGGGGGGUUCAGUCGAACCCAAAUCUGACGAGCGGAAGGCAAGACAGACACCAUCGACUCGGCCCGAGGCUGGAUGUCAACAGAUGUGCGACAGUUGCCAAGCGAGUAAUGAAUAGGACUGGUCAACAUAUAAUUUGUCCAAUCAAUGUGUUAGCAAAAAGUCACACAUGUAUCCAAACAAUGGGUAAGGCUACAGUUCCGUUACAGGACCAUUCUGUUGGAAUUCGUAACC